AUGGCAGAAGAUUUUAGAACACCAAUAUCUAUUGCAUGUUUUUAUUCUAAUGUUGAAACAGUCAAAAUGUUGGCAGAAGUUACUGAGGAAGUUGAUAUUCCAGCGAAUAUCAAAGCACCUUCUGCUGUGCACUGGAUUUGUAGUUCAAAGAGUCCAAAAAUUGCAAAAAUAUUGUGUUCAAAGGGAAUUGAUGUCAAUAGAGUCGAUGCACAAGGUCGAAUGGGUCCAUCGUUUUUUAUUUCUUCAAAUAACAAUAACAAAGAUGAUAUAGAAAUUUUAAAGGUACUCCUCAAUUAUGGCCUGAAAAUAAAUUUCCAUCUUCCAGGAAAAAAUACAAUUUUGGGAGAUUGCCUUACAAUUGAUAAAUUAAUGUUUAAAGACCCAGUUGAGAUUACAGAAUUCUUGCUUGAUAACGGUGCCGAUCCAAAUGAUCUUAUCUAUUUUAGUGGUAAAUCUCCUGUAUCAUGCAUUGAAUAUAUUAAACGAAAAGCUCGACGGUCAACAAAAUAUAAAGAACUUUAUGAUAAUUAUUUUAAUUCGUGA